UAAAACGUUGCAUCUCCACUAAAUUAGAAUCUAGAAUAUAUCGACUACAAACAGAAAAAAAAAACUAAAACUAAAAAUUAAUCUGCAAAAUAGAACAAUGUUUCCAAACAAUAAAAAUCAUCAACACAAUGAUAAAGUUGUUGUUUCUGUGUAGUUUCCAUGUAAAUAAGUAGAACAACUAAAACUCAACUCAACAAUAGCAACAACUACAGCAACUAGGUGCAAGGAAACAAACGCAGAACUAAGACUAUUGCACUUAAUACAUACAAAACAAUAACAACAACAACAACAGCAUCAACAACAACAUAAACAUCAACUACAAUUACGACUACAAACUACAACUAGAGCAUAAUUAUUUUUUUAAGGACAUAUCACCAUUAAAAGCAUCCGACGCUUAUAAAAAUAAAAACAACAACAACAGCAACAGCAGCAACAACAAAGAAAACUACUUUUAUAACAACAUCACUUUUUUGUUGUUGUUGCUUUAAAGAAAUAAAACAAACAAAAAAAUAACGAAAACAAAUCAUACGUCUCCUUUACACAUACUACAGCCAUUUUACCAGCCUCCAGCUCAUCAGCAUCAACAGCAUCCAAAUACCACACAACUACUACCACCAUGAGUGAUUCAAUGUUGUAUCGCAAAUUUGAUACAUUCAUGCCCAGGUCACGAAUUAUAACCCUGUGGCUGGCCUUCAAUUUGGCGAUGUUUCUGCAGGAACCAAAGAAACAAAUUACCACAGUUAAUGCAGCAACCGCUGGCGGUAGUAUGCUGGGCGAUGUAAAUAUAUCCGCCAUAUUGGAUUCCUUUAGUGUCAGUUAUGACAAAAGAGUAAGACCCAACUAUGGUGGACCUCCUGUUGAAGUUGGUGUCACCAUGUAUGUGCUAUCGAUCAGCUCGCUAUCAGAAGUUAAAAUGGACUUUACAUUGGAUUUUUACUUUCGUCAAUUUUGGACCGAUCCUCGUUUAGCGUAUAGAAAACGACCUGGUGUAGAAACACUAUCGGUUGGAUCAGAGUUCAUUAAAAAUAUUUGGGUACCUGACACCUUUUUCGUAAAUGAAAAACAAUCAUAUUUUCAUAUUGCCACAACCAGCAAUGAAUUCAUACGUGUUCACCAUUCUGGAUCAAUAACAAGAAGUAUUAGAUUGACUAUUACUGCAUCGUGUCCCAUGAAUCUGCAAUACUUUCCUAUGGAUCGCCAAUUGUGUCACAUUGAAAUCGAAAGUUUCGGUUACACGAUGAGAGAUAUCCGUUACUUCUGGAGAGAUGGACUGAGUAGUGUUGGCAUGAGCAGUGAGGUCGAACUACCGCAGUUCCGCGUCUUGGGACACAGGCAGAGGGCGACCGAAAUAAACCUAACCACAGGAAACUAUUCUCGUUUGGCGUGCGAGAUACAAUUUGUGCGUUCUAUGGGUUAUUAUCUUAUACAAAUUUAUAUACCCUCUGGACUGAUCGUUAUUAUAUCAUGGGUAUCAUUUUGGCUUAAUCGUAAUGCUACGCCAGCUCGUGUGGCUUUAGGUGUCACCACUGUGUUGACCAUGACAACGUUGAUGUCGUCGACAAAUGCUGCGCUGCCAAAAAUUUCAUACGUUAAAUCGAUUGAUGUUUAUCUGGGAACAUGUUUCGUGAUGGUCUUUGCCAGUUUAUUGGAAUAUGCCACCGUCGGCUAUAUGGCAAAACGAAUUCAAAUGCGAAAACAAAGAUUUAUGACGAUUCAGAAGAUGGCUGAGCAAAAAAAGCAACAACAACUUGAUGGGGUGCAACAGCCCCCCAAUCCCAAUCCAAAUACGGGGGUGGAUCAUGGUGGACAUGGGCAUGGUCAUGGCCAUCACAGCCAUGGUCAUCCUCAUGUACCCAAACAAACAGUGAGUAACCGCCCAAUUGGCUUUCAAAAUAUCCAACAAAAUGUUGGUGCGCGCGGUUGCUCGAUAGUGGGACCCUUGUUCCAGGAGGUGAGAUUCAAGGUGCACGAUCCCAAGGCCCAUUCCAAGGGAGGAACGCUAGAGAAUACGGUUAAUGGUGGACGAGGAGGACCCCCAGUAGGACCCCAUGGCCCCGGAUCCCAGGGUGGAGGCGGUGGCGGAGGCCCACCAGGCGGUGGUGGUGGAGGAGGCGGAGGAGGAGCACCGCCCGAAGGUGGUGAUGCUGAGGCUGCCGUGCCAGCACACUUAUUACACCCGGGCAAGGUAAAAAAAGACAUUAAUAAGCUGUUGGGCAUAACACCCUCCGACAUUGAUAAAUAUUCGCGCAUUGUAUUUCCGGUGUGUUUUGUAUGUUUCAAUCUCAUGUACUGGAUUAUUUAUCUACAUGUCAGCGAUGUGGUAGCCGAUGAUUUAGUGUUAUUGGGUGAAGAGUAAAAAGUCUACAACU